GGCGAAGGUGCAGGGCAGGGGGCGGCCGACGCACGGGCUAUAUAUGCGCCCGGGCGCGAGGGGCGCGCCCAUCAGUGUGCAAGUCGCGCAAAACGAAGCGAGUCCGCAGCGGAGGCCCCCGCCGCCCUUGCAGACGCCGAGCAACCCUUCCCUGCUGAGCAGCCAUGUCUCUCGAGCGAGAAGUUAGGGCCAAGUUCCCCGCCGGAGUGCUGUAUGAGGACUACAUUCGCGACGGCCAGGUGCUGUGCGAAGUCAUGAACAAGCUGCAGCCUGGCAUCGUCCCCAAGAUCAACUCCUCUGGCGGCCAGUUCAAGAUGAUGGAGAACAUCAACCAAUUCCAGCAGGCCCUGAAGGCGUACGGCGUCCCAGACGUUGAUGUGUUCCAGACCAUCGACCUCUGGGAGAAGAAGGACAUCGCCCAGGUCACCACCACCCUCUUUGCUCUGGGCCGAACGGGCCCCUGGCUGGGCCCGCGCCCGGCCGAGGAGCACAAGCGCGACUUCACGGAGGAGCAGCUGCGCGCCGGCGAGGGCAUCAUCGGCCUGCAGGCCGGCCAGAACAAGGGCGCCACGCAGGCGGGCCAGAACAUCGGCGCCGGCCGCAAGAUCCUCCUGGGCAAGUGA